GCGAACUGGGAAUUAAACUGAAGGAACUAAUAGAGAACUCUUCCAAGAAUAGGACAACAACGAACUUGAUAAAUAUAAGCGACGAGUCAAAAUGUUAUGACCGCUUAUUCGACGAAUUAAUCGAAAUUAAGCAGAGCGUAGCAAAUAUGUCAAGCGCUAUGAACAAACUUUACGAUCAUGUAGCCUUUACAGUUAAUUACAUCUAUAGUCAAGAUCUAACCUCAAAGAAAACGGUGUCUGAAUGUGGUACACAGACGGAUAUAUACCCGAUGAGUACAAAUCUUGCUCACAUUGAUAAUCAAGGCACAAUCUUUAAGAAUGCGGUGUGUGAGAUCGGUAUUCAAACGGACGUUAACCCGAUAAACGAAAAUCUUACCCAGAAUAAAGUCAAAGAGCAUAUACCCAGUUCGUUUUACGAGCUUUCGACCGAUCUUGAGGGUACUAAAUUAGAUAUCGUAAUUAUGAACGCAAAUUGCAAAUGGGGUUCGUGA